CUCCUCCUUUUUCUUCUCCUCCUCUUCCUCACCAUCAUCACCAUCAUCUUCCUCCUCCUCCUCCUCCUCCUGCUCCUGCUCCUGCCGCUGCUGCUUCUCCCCCCGUUCCCUUGGAGCGGACCAUCCUGGUGCCUCUUUUGUGAAGCGGCGGCUGAGGAGACCGCGGGACUCGCCAUGGCCGACGAAAAGCCGAAGGAAGGAGUCAAGACUGAAAACAACGACCACAUUAAUUUGAAGGUGGCAGGGCAAGAUGGUUCAGUGGUGCAAUUUAAGAUUAAGAGGCACACACCACUUAGUAAACUAAUGAAAGCCUAUUGUGAACGACAGGGUUUGUCAAUGAGGCAGAUCGGAUUCCGAUUUGAUGGGCAACCAAUCAAUGAAACAGACACACCUGCACAGUUGGAAAUGGAAGAUGAAGAUACAAUUGAUGUAUUCCAGCAGCAGACAGGAGGCGCUUACUAAAAAGAAUCUACAACUCUUCUCCAGAACUGUGCUCCCAAGAAAAACAAUACAUUCACAAUUAGAAACCAAGAUUUGGUUCAUCCACAUCCUGACUACUGCAGUAUAGUUUUCUCUCUUCUUUGAUUCCCUUCCCCCG